AUGCGGCGGUGCCGGGGCGCAGGGCUGGCGGGGCUGGCCGCGGUGCUCCUGGUGGCUGUGGGCAGAGCCCAGGUGCAGCAGGAGCCGUCGGCAGAGACCACCGAGGGCACCGGCAUCAACAUCACUUGCUCACACCCCAACAUACAGACCGACGAUUACAUCCACUGGUACCGUCAGCUCCCGGGCCGAGGCCCCGCAUUCCUCACGUUCGGUCAUAAAGGGACCAAAGAGGUGCCGGACCCGCCGGGGCGGCUGUGGGUGGCGGCAGACCGCCGGUCCAGCGCCCUGUGGCUCGCCCGGCCCCGGCGCGGGGACGCGGCGGUGUAUUACUGCGCCACUGUGCCUCUGUAUGGAGAAGCUGGAGGGAGCUAUGGCAAGCUGACGUUUGGCUCAGGGACCAGACUGUCCGUCCAGCCCAAUGUUACUCCAUCUCCUUCAGUCUACAGGCUGACCUCUAAAGAUUAUAAGGAUUUGGAAAUGUGUCUUAUCACAGAUUACUCCCCUGAAAACAUUACUCUUCCCUGGCAUGAUAAGCAGACAAAUGUUGUAGUAGAGGUGGCAACACCAGAGAACAAACAGGAAGCGAGCUACCUGUCCACCUACUGGGCCAAGAAAGAUGUAAUGCGGUGUGGUGCAAAUCACGAGGGCUUUGGAAAACUGGAGGGCGAGGAUCCUGAAAAAGGUGCCAGUGCUGUCUGUGUUACAGGGGUGUCUCUACACUUCAGGACAGAUGAAAACCUGAACAUGCUGUCUUUAUCACAGCUGGGCCUGAAAAUAAUUUUAAUGAAAGGAAUAAUUUUUAAUGUGCUGAUGACGAUGCUUAUGUGGAAAAAAAAGAAUGAAAGUAACCAGAUGGUGCCGUCCUGAAGUGCCAAGAAAUCUUUUGAGGAAUCUUUACCAGAGCAUCGUGUGCAAGAAGGAACACAGACAUUCCUGCUGCAAGGGAUAUUACUUGCUGUUUCUAUGUAUCUCACUCGCCAUUAUAGAAUAAAUUGCUUCAUUUGCAUUGUUAUAAAGCUACUAAAAAUUCUCAGCAUUCUACUCCCCCACAUGCCUGACUCAUUUAGCAUGACAAUGCUUCUUUUUGCAUGAAGCACAGUUUGCUAUAACUACAAAUUGCCAAACAUUUGCUGAAAAGCAAAGGGAAUCUUAUUCAAGGUGCUAUGCACCAUGUCCCGCUAUCUUUUGCUAGAUCAGAGCAAGGUAUCUUUUUUAUUCCCUAAAAGAUAUGCUGCUAGGUUUCCUAGAAGUCCUUCAGUGAAAUUCUCACUUCAUUAUCACAGAAGAAAAAAAUGUUUUUUCCUAUUUUUUAAAGUCUAUCUGGCCUUAAUGUUUUCUGAAUUUAAAACAGCUUAAGCUUUGGCUUUGCUUUUGGUUAAAAUAAGAACUACUUUUGCUCUUUUCAGUUCUAACAAUCUUAGAUUUCCCAAUUUCUUUUUAUAAUCAUUGCAUAAAACUAUACUGAAAUAUUUACCUGUCCAUGUGUGCAGCCUUUGGAAACAGUGCAUGCAAGUUUCACUUGCAUGCUGCUAAUUCUUGAAUUGUACAGGCAAGCACCCCGAUGUCCUGGCAUUUCUUUAGGUCUUUGGCUGCUAUUAAACAAUUCUUAUCAAAAAUAAGAAA